AUGGAAGGAAAUAAUUAUACAAAGUACUAUGCGAUUGUGAACCCUUCUAUUGGUAGCAUUCUCUCUGACAUCUCAUUUUCGACUAAGAUGUAUAAUGUGACUUGUAGUGGAUUUGGGUAUCACACUUUGAAUAAGGAUUACAAACUUGUUGUUGUUGAAUACCAGUAUCACCAUGAACCUCCUAAUCUCAUAGCAAUACAUAGAAAGGUUCAUGUCUUUAGCAUGAAAUCCAAUUCUUGGAGAUGCAUUGAGACAACAUAUCUUGGUGGUUCACCUCUGAUUAUCGAUUCAAAUAUGUGUAUUCCGAUUCCGAGUUCAAGUUGUGCGCUUAUAGACAACUAUUUAAUGCAUUGGUUGUUGAAGUCUUCGGCUGGAAACUGGAGUCUUGUUUGCUUCAAUCUUGAUAAAGAACGAUGGGUUGCUGACAUACGCUUACCCGACUUUAAUUACUAUGAUGGCGACAUUGGUUGUGAUGUUGAUUUGGGGGUUCUUGAUGGUUGUUUGUGUUUCUCUGUUCAAAGUUAUUAUGACAAGUUUAAUGUGUGGAUUAUGAAGGAAUAUGGAGUACAUGGCUCAUGGACAAAGUUUUUCAUUGAUAUCCCUGAUUAUUGUGACUAUUAUCCAAUUUUUGCACGCCAGCAUACAACAAUAAAAGAGAUUUUGCUUGCCAAAUGUAGGUCUUAUAAACGAGGGAUUCGAACUUAUGUAUGGUAUAACAUUAGAGAUAAAACGGCAAAGGAAUUACGAUUCAUUGGAGCUCCUCAUGAGUUAGGCGCUGACUUGUUGUGCAUCGGAAGUCUUGCUAAUUGUUUUGAAGAUUGUCAAACUAAAAAAUGCAAAGGAACCCAGAAGAGGAUGGAGACCCAAGACAAUAUGAAGAUUGAUGACCAAGUCAAAAUUCUACAAGCCAAUAUGAGUAAUAAUAAUAAUGUUAUUCGUUCUUGA